CCUUUCAUCUUCUCUUUUUGUCCUUGCUCUUCGGCUUCAUUGCUUCGCUGCUUCGCAGGUGUAUAGAUUGCACGCUUCGCUUCUUCGGCUCCUUUGUGGCUGUUCGACUUUGCUCCUUCGACGAAUUUCGCUUCCUGUCGAAUCGGAAGUUACGACAUUUUGAUCGGAAGUAAGAACAGGAGCUCGCUGGCUGUGAGGAUUUGCCGAACAGCCCCUUCGUCUAGGUUUACCACUGCGCCUUUGUAUUGAGGAUCACAGGUUGCUUCGUUUGGAGGUAAUAAGCGGCAGCGCAACGUGUUUACGCUCUCUUUCUUUGCUAGAUUUUUUAGCGGGUCUGCUUUUUUUCUGUUCUACCGACAAAAAUGGUGAAGAGGAGCAAAAAGAGUAAAAGUAAGAGAAUCUCUCUCAAGAAAAAGUACAAGGUCUUACGAAAGGUCAAGGAGCAUCACAAGAAGAAGGCAAAGGAAGCAAAAAAGCUUGGAUUGAACCGCAAGCGUAAAGUUGAGAAGGAUCCGGGCAUCCCUAAUGACUGGCCAUUCAAGGAGCAGGAACUCAAGGCGCUUGAAGAGCGGAGAGCCCGUGCGCUGGAUGAAUUGGAGCAGAAAAAGGCGGCCAGGAAAGAGAGAGCUAAGAAAAGAAAACUGGGCUUACUUGGUGAUGAUAUGGAGAAAUUGGCUUUUGAAGCUUCUGCCAAAGAUGAUGCGUUUUCAAAUAGAAUAAUCACGGAAGAAGUUUCUGCAGUAACUAAAAGCUAUGAUCAUUCAGAAAGAACAUUCUACAAGGAACUCGUAAAAGUUGUGGAAGCAUCAGAUGUAAUUUUGGAGGUUCUUGAUGCCCGAGAUCCCCUUGGUAGUCGUUGCAUUGACAUGGAAAAUAUGAUAUUGAAGUCCAACCCAAAUAAGCGCAUGGUUUUGCUUUUGAACAAGAUAGAUUUGGUUCCUCGGGAGGCUGCACAGAAAUGGCUCAAGUAUCUCAGGGAGGAGUUACCUGCUGUUGCAUUUAAGUGCAGUACUCAAGAGCAAAGGUCGAAUUUAGGAUGGAAAUCCACAUCAAAGGUCCCAAAAACUAGCAACAUUUUGAAAACUAGCGAUUGCCUUGGAGCUGAAACUCUCAUAAAGCUGCUUAAGAACUAUUCUAGAAGUCGUGAGAUUAAAUUGUCAAUUACUGUGGGUAUUGUUGGACUUCCAAAUGUUGGAAAGAGUAGUGUUAUCAAUAGCUUGAAGCGAUCUCACGUUGUCAAUGUUGGUGCUACUCCUGGGCUUACAAGAUCAAUGCAAGAAAUUCAUUUAGAUAAGAAUGUGAAGCUACUUGACUGCCCUGGUGUUGUAAUGCUGAGCUCUGGUGAAAAUGAUGCAGCUACUGUUCUCCGCAACUGUAAAAGAAUUGAAAAGUUGGAUGAUCCAGUUAGUCCUGUUAAGGAGAUACUCAAGCUUUGCCCAGCUGAGAGACUGAUGUCACUAUACAAUAUAUCUAGCUUCAGUUCAAUUGACGAGUUCCUGCAGAAAGUUGCUACCAGUAGAGGUAAGCUAAAGAAGGGAGGCAUAGUGGAUCCCGAAGCUGCAGCAAGGAUUGUGCUGCAUGACUGGAACGAGGGAAAAAUUCCAUAUUACACCCUACCACCAAGUAGAAAUCAAGAAGGGAUUUUGGAUUCAGCAAUCGUGUCAGAAUUAGGGAAGGAAUUCAAUGUUGACGAGGUUUACAAUAAUGAGUCUUCUUACAUUGGCAGCCUGGCAUCUGCUGAAGAUUUUCUUCAUGUUGAAGUCCCUCCAAGCGCUCCUUUACAAUUUGAUGAGCAGAUGCUAGAUGAAGAUGUGGAGAACCAUAAAGAAGAUCAAAUUGAAGAAGAACCAAUGGCAGAUAAUGUUGAAGAGCAUUUGGAUACAAAGACCAACUCAACAAGUGGGCAAAAUGACAAGCUGUAUGGCGCCGAGGGCAUCUUAGAUCCUCGCAAAAGAAGAGCGGAGAAGAAGAGGAGAAAGUCACAAAAGAUAAGCUCUACGAAUGAUAUGGAUGCUGAUUAUGAUUUCAAGGUAGAUUAUCAGAUGAAGGAUGUUGGCUAUGAUCUCAAUAACUCCGUGGAGGAAGACAAGGAAGAUGAAGCCACAGAUUAUGUUCCAAUGCCUGGAGAUGAAGAGGAUACUAAAUGAAAUUAAUGAAUUGCAAGAUUCGGAAAUUUUAUUUUAUUUUACAUUUUCUAUUUGUUCUUUUGUUCCAGUAUAUUAGAUUUUGAUUCACUGUAGUACAGCUCAUGAGUUGGCCAUGGCCUUCUUAUGUAUAAAAAAAUGCAGCAUCGGAGAGAAACUUGUCAGAAAACUGCUUGGAAGGAACAUUUUGAAGGGAGGAUUGAAACUUUGAUGAAUUAACUGCAUUUGGAAAGUAAAA